UGUUUGUUGUUAUUGUUUUUCAAUUUUCCACACGGCACGAAUAUAGUAAACAAAAAAAAUAUAUAUGCAUGUGAUAAUGGCGAGCUUGUAAUUUUGGAUCCGACUGGCGGGGCAACGGUAUCAUUAGACCCAAGUUUUCCGAGGGGUCAAGUGCACGUUUUAGCUCCUAAAAAGAGCUAAAAAAUAAAAGUGAAUCGUGCAAUUACUGCGAAGUAAAACGGGUGCCAAGAAAAUGAUCGCAACUACGCAUUAGCAAUAUAUUUCACAAAACAAUCUUCCUGCCAGUACGUCAAAGACUAAAAAACAAUCCAAAAUAAAACUGAAAGUUUGUGCUUAUAAAAUUGUAUUUAUCACAAAGCUGAUAACUGAACAGCGCGUUGACCCGGUUACUCCAGCAAUCUAAAUUACGCUGUUCCCACUCCUAGUGCAUAUAAGAGACUGAAGUAUUCAUUCAAAGGUCACAGGACAUGACCAGGGAGUGACCAACAAAUCGACAGUUCCAGCACAAGCCCAGACCCCCAAAGCGCACAAGUAGCCACAGUAAGGCCGUCAACAAUGACCACCAUCAGCAACAGUAGCUUCUUUGAAGAACAUAUAGCCAUCAUAUACAACAGCCUGAUGGAGCAGUACAUGCCAGAAUACUUCAAGAGUUUCCAGUAUACGCCAUGGGUAUUCUCCCUCCUGGGAUCGGUGGUCAUUGGCCUCAGCGGUAUAUUCCCGCUUCUCAUCAUUCCCACGGAUGAGAAAAUGGCCAAACAGGGCUACAAGGAUCCUGCCGAAUCAAAACUCCUAAGAGUUCUUCUAAGCUUCGCAGUCGGUGGACUGCUGGGCGAUGUGUUCCUCCAUCUGUUGCCCGAGGCCUGGGAAGGCGAUAGUCAAGAUCCAUCUAGUCACCCGUCCCUGCGCUCGGGACUUUGGGUACUCUCCGGCAUACUCAUCUUCACCAUCGUGGAGAAGAUCUUCUCUGGCUACGCGAGCGCAGAUGAGGAGAAUCCCCAACCGAAAUGUGUGGAAAUCGCCAACUGCCUGCUUCGCCGUCAUGGUGGAAAGCUGCCGGAAGGCGAGACCCCUGAUAGCUGCGGUGGGGCAUGCGACAUCGAGGACGUGGACAAGGUUUGCUUCCUGCGCGAGCGAGAGCAGAAGUCAAAGGAAAAGAAGGAACAACCUAAGAAGGUUGCUGGAUAUCUGAACCUGCUGGCAAACUCGAUCGAUAACUUCACACACGGCCUGGCAGUGGCCGGUUCAUUCCUUGUUUCCUUCCGGCACGGAGUUCUGGCCACUUUUGCUAUCUUGUUGCACGAAAUUCCUCACGAGGUGGGUGACUUCGCUAUCCUCCUUCGCUCCGGCUUCAGCCGCUGGGACGCAGCACGCGCCCAACUUCUGACAGCGGGAGCUGGACUUCUGGGUGCCCUGGUGGCUAUCGGGGGUUCCGGAGUUACAUCGGCCAUGGAGGCACGUACUUCGUGGAUCAUGCCGUUCACCGCCGGCGGCUUUCUGCAUAUUGCCCUGGUCACAGUAUUACCUGAUCUCUUAAAGGAGGAGGAGCGAAAGGAGUCCAUUAAGCAGCUACUAGCCCUCGUAUUCGGCAUCGCGUUAAUGGCCGUGAUGACCAUGCUAUUCGAACACUAGGAACUAAAGACGACAGCAUUCUAAGCGAAAAAAUUCAUCCAGUCGCAGUCUUAGGCACUAGAACCAUAGUUCUGGUGGGCUAAGAUUGUGGCUGGCAGUUUUAAAAUUACACAUGAAUUUGUUGUACUUUAUGGGAUUCUUGAUCCUGUCUGCGUUAUGUAAUUAUAGCCAAUAUGAAUGAUAUUUAAACUAUUGUUAAUAAUUACGUAUUACUGUAACAUACUUAUGAAACGAAAAUUCAAUAGAAAGUUAAGGGAAAGUCCUCGACUCUCCGAUAUCCAUGAAA